AGGGCCGGGCGGUUGCGUCACUACGAUUGUCUCAAUUUCCAGCUGUUUGUCGGGACUGUGCUGCAUCCAGAGCUUCCAGCAUGUCCGGCCGUGGGAAGCAGGGAGGCAAAGUCCGAGCUAAGGCCAAGUCGCGCUCGUCGCGGGCCGGGCUGCAGUUCCCCGUGGGCCGCGUUCAUCGUCUUCUCCGUAAAGGUAACUACGCGGAGCGGGUGGGUGCCGGAGCUCCCGUCUACAUGGCGGCCGUGCUGGAGUACCUGACGGCCGAGAUCCUGGAGCUGGCGGGCAACGCGGCCCGCGACAACAAGAAGACGCGCAUCAUCCCCCGCCACCUGCAGCUCGCCAUCCGCAACGACGAGGAGCUCAACAAGCUGCUGGGCAAGGUGACGAUCGCGCAGGGCGGCGUGCUGCCCAACAUCCAGGCCGUGCUGCUGCCCAAGAAGACCGAGAGCCAUAAAGCUAAAAGCAAAUAAACUCGGCGGGUCAAGCUACUCUUAAGACUUCCGCGGCGUAACAUUUUAUAACCAAAGGCUCUUUUCAGAGCCACCCACCUAGUCAGAAAAGAGUUGUGUUGCUUUUUUUUAUUACCGUGCUCUGGUACCGAAUUUUCAAAAAUACUCGAUUUAACUCGAACUUUUAUUUUCAGACCUCGUUUCUACUACAGAGUGCCGGUGCGUUUACUUUCUAACCUGUGUUUAUAAAUGAAUGCUAA